AGAGGGCGAGAUUUCCCCAAAAACACUCAACAGGUGAGAUUUAACGACUAAAAUUAAAGUAUACUCGCGGAAGGCCGCCUUUUUUACGCGGUGCCCGUGGAGCUUGCUCUCCACCGGGACUGAUGGACCGCCUUUACACGCCUUCAGCUCCAGAAUAAAACAUAGUACACGCGCGCAUGCGCGCACACACAUAGCUCUUCACUCCCGUUAAAUCUACAGCCCUGGGGAAUCGGAGACACUUGUGGCACAGAGUGAUGAAUUCAGAGCGCACAGGAGGACGCAGUUUCUGUUCAUCAGACCGUGAAGACAUUUACAACUAAAGGGUUAUUUACUGAACAUCUCCAAACUUUCAGAGAGACUGCGGACAGAUGUGCUGAUCCAGAUCUGAAGCCAGCAGCGAAGAAAACAGCAAUACCUCUGGAGACGAGAAAGAGAGAAGUGCACUAGAAAGUGAACACGGAGCAACGAGAUGGAUCCGUUACCUGUGGAUUCAGGAACAGUGGAUGAGUUGGUGGACAUCUGUGUACAGUCCUUUGAUGAUGCCGGCGCAGUCAAAGACCCUUCAUUUGUUCGAAUGUUCCUCAUGAUGCAUCCGUGGUAUAUAUCGUCCACCGAUCUGUCCAAGAAGCUGCUGCUUAAGUCACAGGAGGGCAGCGAUGAUGAGCUCAGAGCCAAAAUAUGCCACCUCGUCAAGUUCUGGAUUUCGGAGUUUCCAGCAGAGUUUGAUCUGAAUCCUGCGUUGGCUGAUCAGAUUAAAGACCUGAGGGACAAUCUGAACACCGGAGGCAAUGAAACACCGAGCCAACUCAUUGAUGUGGAGAGUGUGCCCUCGUAUAAAUGGAAACGACAAGUCACCAAGAGAGUCCCAUCCAUGUCAAAAAGGAGGAAAAUGUCUCUGUUGUUUGAUCACCUGGACCCCUAUGAGCUGGCCGAGCAUCUGACCUACCUGGAGUACAAGUCCUUCUGCAAGAUACUGUUUCAGGAUUACCACAGUUUUGUGAUGCACGGCUGUACGGUGGAUAACCCCAUUCUGGAGAGGUUCAUUACGCUCUUCAACAGCGUCUCGCAGUGGAUUCAGCUGAUGGUUCUGAGUAAACCCACCGCACCGCAGAGAGCCGCCGUGAUCGCUCACUUCAUACAGGUUGCAGAGAAACUCCUACAGUUGCAGAACUUCAACACACUGAUGGCGGUGGUCGGAGGACUCAGCAACAGCUCCAUCUCCAGGCUGAAGGAGACACAGGCCAACAUCAGCAGCGACACCAAUAAGGUGUUUAACAGUCUGCUGGACAUGCUGACCUCUUCUGGAAACUACAGUCAGUACCGGCGCAGGUUCGCUGAAUGCACUGGCUUUCGUUUCCCAAUCCUGGCCGUCAGCCUGAAGGACCUGAUAGCGGUUCAUGUUGCGCUGUCGGACUGGACAGACGCGCAGAAGACUCAAGUCAACCUGACCAAAACACAGCAACUCUACGCCAUCCUGCAGGAAUUAUCCCUCGUGCAGAGCAAUCCUCCACACAUUGAGGCCAACACAGACCUGCUCAAUCUGCUCACUGUAUCGCUGGAUCAGUAUCACACAGAAGAGGAGAUUUAUCAGCUCUCGUUACAGAGAGAACCCAGAGCUACAAAACCAGCGAACUCAAGCUCUACCUCCAGCCCAGCUCCUAAAAAACUUUCAAUAAUAGAUGACUGGGCAGCGUCGGUCAAACCCAAAGCUGAUCCUGCAAUCAUCAGCAAACACAUCGAGAAGAUGGUGGAUUCUGUGUUCAAGAAUUUCGACACAAACGGUGACGGCUUCAUCUCACGGGAAGAGUUUGAGUGCAUCAGGAAUAACUUUCCUUAUUUAAGCAAGUUUGGAGAACUCGAUACAAAUCAGGAUGGAAAGAUCAGCAGGGAGGAGAUGAUAGAUUAUUUUAUGAAGGCCAGUUCUUUGCUUAAUUGCAAGAUGGGCUUCAUACACACCUUCAUAGAGACCACAUAUGUGAAGCCCACCUUCUGCGAUCACUGCACCGGCUUUAUAUGGGGGUUUUAUAAACAAGGAUACAAAUGCAAAGUGUGUGGUGUGAAUUGUCAUAAAGCGUGUCACGGACGCCUGACGAUCGAAUGCCGGAAAAGAACGAAGAGCAUCAGUCAUGAGACGCCGCCGUCAUUACAGUCCAGAUCAUACAGCUUACCUCUGCCCAGCAAUGCACAAUCAAACCUGCAGAAGACAGUCAUCACAGAAGAGGAUGUGGAGUCGGCUGAACAGGCUGUAUUCGACUGCCACCUUUAAACUGCUGGAGAAUACGCCGAGACGUGGACAUGCUGCUACCUGCUGGACUGAAGCUGCAACUGCAUCCAGAACAGUCAUUUCUUCCAUUCUCCAGCCUGAACUCAAACAUAUCUCAAAAUCUUCAAGAUGAAUGGCGGGAUUUAUCAAUGUGCUGGACGUCUUGUGGCAUCUCUUUCACACACUCUCGAAUAAACGCUGGGUUGUUUUAAAGUUAACAAUUGGGUGGAAAAAAUUAAAUAAUUUAAAUUAGUGCAAAAAUUACACGGUCGCCUCACAGCAAGAAGGUCGCUGGUUUGAGUCCCGGGUGGGUCAGUUGGCAUUUCUGUGUGGAGUUUGCAUGUUCUCCCCGUGUUGGCGUGGGUUUCCUCCGGGUGCUCCGCUUUCCCCCACGGUCCAAACACAUGCGCUAUAGGGGAACUGCACCAUGAUCGCUCACGUCACGUCACGCAACAGAUUGAUUGGUGUAACGUCUUGUAUGCAAAGAGUCACUGACAAUCCUGUACACAGCGCUAAAACAUUUAGUUAUGCGGAAAUUAUUAAAAUAGUUAAAAUAUAGAUAUUUAAAAAAAAAUGUUGAUACUAAAUUAAAAAACUUCUGGCUUUCGAUAUAUCGAUACUCCAGCAUCGAUGUGCACAUCCCUACCACACAGCCCUCAUCAUGGCUAACGCAGACGCUGACACGCACCAUUUAAAAAAUGUAACUACAUAUCGCAACAAAGCAUGGCGCAAGCUCUGUGAUUAGGCUGCAAUGACGAUUGUGGGCGUUCGCUGAGAGCCGUGAGCCCGCUAGAGCGAAUGUUUACAAGUGCCGAGUCCCGUGAAGGAGCUCCAGAUGGAAACUGUUGUUUUAUGUUUACCUUAUAACUAAAGUUGUUGCACGUUUGCCAGUUCCCGCCUUUAAAUGAGCGAGUUUUAGCUACUAGUACAUUACGGGAGCAUUCAGAAAACAGCAAAACACCAGCGAAUAAACUCGACACAGAGGAACAUGACCUACUGCCAGCUAGCAUUUCUGAAGUGUUAUUGCAGAGCAACACAAACAGCACGCAGAAGGGUAAAUGCAUGGCUACGCGUAAGGCAUGCAUGGUGGGUCACGCUGAUCAUUCGACGCAGAAGUAUAGACCAGCCCUUAUGCUAACGCUGAGUAUACAAAGAAGGAGACUUAAAGGUGCUAUGUGAUUGGCUAAGAUGUGAUUCAAGUGACCCAGUUAGUCUUACUGAUGCUGCGUUCACACCAGACGCGGAACGCGCGUCAAAUGCGAGUGAUUUACAUGUUAAGUCAAUGCAAACGUGUGAAUAGACAUCCUGCGGCGCGAUACGCGCAAAUGGCGUGGCGCGAAUGACACGAAUUACGCGAAUGGCGCGAUACGCGCAAAUGGCGUGGCGCAAUUUAAGCAUUUUGCGCGUUUGAUGCACGUUUAGCACGAAUUGCUUGAGUUCGAAAGUCUGAACUUCAGCGGACAUUCGUGCCGCGUAACCAAUCAGGAGCUUGCUCUUGUGGGGGCGUGGUUGUGACGU